AUUCUCACAGUGUACUAUUUAAAUAAAGUGCCGUAAUCAUGGCUGACCAGGGAAGGGAAAAUGACAGAAAUUCGACGAAUAAUAAAGAAAUCGAUGAAAACAAGUACAGAAGUGUUCAUGCAGAGAAUAACACAACAACUUCAACGUUAUAUUCACAAUAUCCAUCCAACGUGUACGGUCAAGGACUUCAGCAUAAUGAAUUACAGUACAGAAAUGCUAGGGAAUAUGCACAGGUUUUGCAUUGCUGGCUGUGGCAGUACAGAAUGGCGGCUGCAUUUAGUACAAUUCAGUCGCAAAUGCUUUCAUCAGUAGCACAAAAUGCAUCAGCUACUCAGAACAUUAGGGGACCACAAGUUAACCGAGUUGCAAAUGGUCAGAUACAUCCUGGUAUUCCGCAAGAUACAGAACACACUGGUCCAGGAACACAGUACAAGGUACCGAUGUUAUGGAGAAGGGUGACAGCAGAAUUCCUUGACUUUAUACUUCUCUUUUACACCAAGAUACUUGUCACUGUAGCAGUUCUCAGGCAGAUGGGAUAUAUGAAUGAGGACAUUUUGGACAUAGAUGCCCAGUUUCCAUUUAUUUCUGACAUCGGAGAGCUGGAUUAUGAUAAAAUGUUCAGUUUGACUUCAGAGUUGAUAGCUCUUGAAAUUGUAAACAGAUUGUGUAUAACCCUGGUGGAGACAAUGUGUUUGAGACAGGGCUAUGCUGGGUCCAUAGGUGGUGCCACCCCUGGCAAGAAGAUCAUGCAGUUACGUGUUGUUUCGUUUUCUGAAAUUAGAAACAUAAGAAAUGGACAUAUUUUAGUUGUUGGUGCAACAGAUCCAGGAUUUUUCAAUGCACUAAUAAGGUCCAUAAUAAAGAACUUCAGUAUGGCUUUUUUCUUUCCUGCAUGUCUCACUGUUUUCUUCUUUCGAUACAACCGUGCAGCUUAUGAUGUGUUAGCACAAACUGUGGUGGUAGAGGUGGAAAACAGACGUCACGAGCAGGCUCACUGAUGAUCUGAUAUAUUUAUAUAGAUACUCUAGAGAAACUGGCAGAUGUUGAAUGAAAAAAGGCACAUAGCUGAUGUUUAAGUGGUGUGUUUUAUGAAAGCAUGGUUAUGGUGUAGAAGAAUGCAGUUGUGUAAAUCUUGUGAAAUAUAAAAUUGAAAAUCAGAUGAUACCUUAGACAUAAGACAGCUAGGUUACUUACUAAUGUCUAAUAUUUCUACUCAUUUCCAGUGAUAAUUACAGACUAUUUGCUUUUUUUUUCAUCAUUUGCAUGUAGAAAUAUGAUUGUUGUGAGAUUAUUUUUAAGUAACAAAAUUUGAUUGUAAGAUGAUCAGUGUUUGAUAUCAUUACUCUUGAGAUUGGGUAAUGGUAUAUCUAUAAGAAGUACUAGACUUUUGCAGAGAUGUUCAGUAUAAAUGAAAUUUCAAAACUGUUCAUUUUUUACAGUAUGAAGGAUAAUUGUGUAAAUAUUGUUUCAUAAUAAACAAUUCUGUUUGGAAAGGAACAGCUUUAAUUUAUUAUCUAUUUCUCAUUACAGUAUUUUAUGGUGUUUUUUUUUAAUCUUUUUUACUUGUUUAUAUCUGAACAAUUAUCAUAAUAGUGAGUGUUUUAAUAGUUUUUACUUUCAGUGUGUCAGAAAAGUUUGUUAAGAAUAAAGAAAAAACUUCUACCAUACCAUUAGUAAAAUCAGAAGUAGACCCCUGUGUCACAGUUAUGUGUAAAGAGAUUGUUAUUAUCUGACAGGAGGUUUUAAAGAACUCUGUAAAAGAUGUAAGGAAAGAAUAUUUGUGACGGAAUAUAUUGAUAUUUGAUUCUGUGUAUGAUGGGUAAAUUGUUGUGAAGUUGUAUUCCACUAAGCCUAAUAUACUUUUGAUGUUAAUUGUUUUCGUUGUAAAGCUAUUAUUGUGAUCCCUCAAUUUUUAUUAAUGAAUUAUCACAUUUUUGCUCUAGUCAGAAUGUAGUAUUGUUGUUUUGUUAACAUUUCAACAAAUGCGGUGGAACAAGCAGAUAUUCGUGUAUGUUUUACCAGUAACUAUGUCUGGUCUUACGGAGUUACAUUGAAAAAAAUAUUAGAAUAAAAUAACUAAAAAUAGGCACAUAACAUUCCAUAAAAUUUUCACAUUGGUUCUACUUAUACAGCCACAAAAUGAUGAAAAAUAUACCAGUUCAUGUUUAAGGUAUUAGACCCCUAAUAGUAAUGUUUAAAAAAUGACAUUUGCUUGGUAUAUUCUUCAAGUUGACCGUUGCAAUUUUUGAACAACUUUUACUGUGCCGUUUUUUCUAAAUUUUGUAUAAUUUAUGGUGUUUCCUCGAGCUCAAGUAGAGACAAAUUUCAAAGUGGUGGCCGCUGUUCAAAACGUUUGCAGAGAAUUCAUUAUACCAUUAAUUUUGAUAAAAGAAACAUUAAACUGUUGGUAAACAAUUAUAAAACACAAUUAUAUUAAAAUGCCGUUAUCAUUUUUUCUAGGGUGCCUCAAGUAAACGGAUUUAAUGAGACAGAAUUCUAACUCCAACAUUGAAAAAUUAAGGUCGAGUCCUGUGGGACUGUUUUAAAUUUUGCUCACUUCAUUAAAAAAUAAUCCUAGGGCAGAAGUAAAACCUACCUAUAUUUCUUCAACAAUAUGUAAUCUAAAGAGUAAAGGCAAAAUAGAGAACUUUUACCGCAUGUAACUCAGUAUUUUUAGAGAUGUCUAAGUCUGCCCCCUUCAGUUGCAGAGGUAAAUUCACUUUGAACAGUAAGAAAUCGCUUAUCAAAUGAAAAAAAAAAUCCACUUUUGUAUAAUAAAUCAAUAAUAGGUCCUGAAAAAAGUAAAAACUUGCUAGAAAAAAGGAAAAUAAAAAUGGUCCCAAGUAAGGCUUGAACCUACAUCCCCCUGAAAAAUUUCAGUCAAAGCCGGUUUAUGGUAGGAAUUGAAUACUCUCAAAAGGAGGUACUCUGUUAGGGUUUAAUACCUUAAAGAAAAAUAAUAAUACAUCGUAAUUAACUGGAUUCUUGUAUCAAUGUACAGAAAUGUAAAAUAGAAAACUGUUGUUUCAAGGUCCAUCUUUUUAGACCAGUUCAAGAAGUAGUUAACUUUUAGCCUGCUAGCGGCGAGUGAUUCUGCUCUUGCGACCAGUGCACAUCAAGAUCAUGGUCCAAAUUGAAUGAUGGACCAGUUCAUUUUAGAAAUUUAGCAGGAUAAAGGUUAAGAAUGCUACUUCUAUUACAGUUCAGAAAGAGGAUAGUAACUGUUUAAUUUAGUCCUACCUUGAUUAGUAAAACAUUGAUUUAUAAUGACUUGUUACAAUUCGCAACAUAGAUGUUACUUUGCUUUUGAAUAUUGAAAUAUAUAUGUGAUAAAAUUGAACACACAACCACAAAUAAUUUUUGAUGUAAAGUAAAUGUACAAUGGAAAUUGUAUUUGUGUAUAUAUAUAUAUAUAUAUAUAUCUACAGAUAGAGGAAACCCAUUGGAUGUUUUUCUUUUUUAUUUAUUAUAUACUUGUCCAGGAGUAACUUUUAAUAUUUUCUAUUAUUGAGUCUGCUAAACGAUGAAAUCGUUUUGACGAGUCCUUGCUAUCCAACGAUUCUCUAAGUCUAAACGGACCAAAUAACACAGUGAAGGGAUGUAGUUCCAUUAGAUUUCUCAAACUUCAAACAGUUCACUGCAUGAAUGAAGUUAAGUUGUGUGAAUUCCCUUUGUUAUGACCAAUAUACGAUGUAAUCUGUCAUAUUUAUGACUUGUAAUUGUGCAAUACUCGAAUGUAACUCAUUAAGCAUAAAUGUGCAUUUUAUGAAUUGCGCAGGCUUACAAAGCUUGCGUAACAUCCAGCGAAAGACAAAAAAUAGUUCCACAGGGUUCCAGAUAAGAUGUGUAUUAGCGUAAAUUACGUACAGAAAUAAUGCAAAUACGCAUGUCUAAUAAUUUCUAAGCAUAUAAAAACGUAUAUAAAAUUACAGAAAUGCACACAAUGCUUUUUUAAAAACAAAAUCUGAAUCGUCUGGAUGCGUUAGGUAACAUAGCCGAUCCCGAUCAGCCUUAAUUCUCACACAUUGAACGUAUACACGCAUCGUAUGAUUUUUUAUAAACUUUGCGUGGGUUUCUACACACACACAUGAAUUUUGCAGUCAGUAAACGGAUAAAUUUUCGGAAGAAGAAGCUCUUACUGGUUUGUUUAGUUACUACAGAUAUUAAAAAUGAUUUUAAUUCUUAUUUUUCGAGAAAUAAACAAAUCGGCGAAACAUUAAAUUGUAUUUCUUGUAGUUUUUGAAAUCGAAAGUAGAUCGUCUAUGUUUGGCUGCGAAACGAAAUAACUUUUUAUGAAAAGAUUUAAAUAAGAGGUAAUUUAAUCGUAAACUUCAAUGUCAGAUACUGCCAAUUGCUGCUAAAUGUCUUCGUAUCAUCACAAUUUGUAAAAUAUAUUGUUCAAACUGGAGAAAAGUGUAAUCGUAUCCGGAUAUAAUAUUUUGGGUAAAUAUCGAGCUGUGUUAUGAAAUUUUGAGAAAAAAACUAAAAACAAACUGAAACUGGUAGACUAUACUGUCAAUACAUCAAUCAUUAGCCGAUAUAUAUAUAUUGCAUUGUUAAUACAACAAAUCUACUGUUUACUAAAAUGUUAAUUAAUAUUAUUGUAUAAAAAGUAUUGUUGAUUAUUUUUAUGUGAAAAUUUGUUAAUAUUUAUCUGAAAAUACUUAAUUCUUAGUAAUAUUUUAUUGUCAGUGUUUUGUUAAACUGUUUAUUGAUUAAAUUAACUGUCUUGCUUUCUGUCACUAAAUAUCUUGGUAACUGACUUGAUAUCCUAGAUCAACAAGCAACAUGAUCGUGUGAAAAUAUCCUGGAGUUUCAGUUAUAUCUUAAAAAGAAUUUGACCCAGUAUCAUUAAACCUCACAGGAUAUUCACUCAGUGUGUGAAGUUUUAUCUGGGACUUCAGACAGCCACACAAGAGUUAUGGCCCUUAGCUUAGUCAAGAAUAUGCAUAAAAAGGGCCUAAAAGUUUGUUUAAAAAAGUGUCAGACCUAGGAUUAUGAAAUAGUGUAGGAAUAUUAUUUAACAUAAGUUGUACACCUGGGAUUCUAUUUGAGAACCCUAGUUCUUGGCACUUGACUUUGCCAGAUCUAUGCAUAAAAGGGCAAAUAAAUUUGUGUCACAUGCAUCUCAAAAAAUAUUUGACUUAAAAGUUGUAAAUGGUAAGAGAAUUGUUAUACAGCAUGUAAAAUCCAUUCUCAUCCAUCAGAGGUUCAUAAAACUAGGGAAACAUAGUAGUCCUCUGGCAUACAUGCCAGAAUAGUCAAGUUGUGCACCUGGGGUUCUGUUUGGGCUUUCACUCAACCAGCCCAGAGUUAUGGUUCUUAACUUAGUGAAAAAUACACAUAAAUGUCUUAAAAGUUUGUGUUGGAUAUACCUUAAAAAUAUUUGACCAAGUCCUAGAUCCUAUUCAUGAAACCAUGCAGGAAUAUUAUUCAGCAAGUAAAUUUGUUUUGGAGACCAGAGUUAUAAACCUUGACUUAGUCAAAAAUAUGCAUUUAGGGCAUAAAAAUUUGUAUUUAAUGUAUAUACAAAAGAGUUUGAAGGUAUAACUGUCUGGAAUACAUGUGUUAUCCCUACAAUGGAACUAGCCAGUAAGUUAAGACACAGUAUAACAAGGUAAUGGUUGAGGACUUCAUAUUUUGCUCCAGCAUUUCAAAUAUAUAAAGUGCUGUUUUUUUCCCCUCAUUAUUGUCAUAUAAAAAGAAGUCCCAGAACCAUUGUAGAAUGAUUUUCCAAAAGAAUUUUACACAAAAGUUUAUUUUGAUAUUAAAGACAACCUUUUGCACUUGGUAUUGAAGUUCUGUUGUUCGGCAAAGUAUCUGAUAUAACAACUAGUAAAUUUAUUUUGUAUACUGAA